AUGUGUGACUCGAAAUAUAGCACUCUUACUACUAUGGUACAUGCAAUCGUUAAUUUCCUUCUAUUCAUUCCAAUUCUCAUUCGUACACUAUAUAAAUGUAAACAUUUCCUACAUGAAAACAAUUCACCCAUAGUGUUAGACCCUCUACGCUACUCAAGAUGUAUGUGGAAAAAGGGAUACGAAAAAAUGAUCAAAGGGAGGGGAACACCUGUGUGUGCAUUGUCAUACCUUGGGAUGCAAAAGGGGAAAAACUGUGUGAUAAAAAAAAAUUAUGUACAUAAAAUGGAAUUUUACAAAAAUAAAACCGAAUUGUCUAAAAAUAAAACCGAAUUGUCUAAAAAUAAAACCGAAUUGUCUAAAAAUAAAACCGAAUUGUCUAAAAAUAAAACCGGAUUGCCUAAAAAUAAAACCGGAUUGCCUAAAAAUAAAACCGGAUUGCCUAAAAAUAAAACCGAAUUGCCUAAAAAUAAAACCGGAUUGUCUAAAAAUAAAAUCGGAUUUCCUAAAAAUAAAACCGAAUUGCCUAAAAAAAAAAUCGAAUUGCUCAUUGAUAAAUUCGUACAUGAGUGUGACAAAAAUCGCACAAAUUUGUCUGAAAAAACAUUUGUGAAAAAUCAUGACAUCCUUGUAAAUUUUGAACGUAUACAGAAUGAAGUAAAUAAAAUGUCGCAAUUAGCCCUUUUGCGUAAGGAAAAAUUAGGCAAUCUGCAAACAAGACAGAAGAAAUAUUCCAUCCUUUCCCAAAAUCCUCCGUAUGUAUUUCACCCCAUAUAUUCAAGUGUGUCUAUGAAGGAUAAACACCAUCGAUUUAAAAUAAAAAAAUAUGAAAAUAUAUUUACUCAACUGAAUGAGAAAGGGAUUUACAAUUCGGAUUACUUUAUCCCAACUUGUGACAUCAACGAUAUGAUUAUUCCUUUGUUUAAAGUGCAUGAUGAAAAGUUUAUUAGUGAAAUGCUAGCAAUAGUAGUAAAUAAUGAACAAAUCGAAAAAUUUGAGUUAGCCCUAUGUCCAGAUUUGUUGUGUAGGUUUCUAAUCGAAAUUAAUGGCACUAUUUUAAGCUCCUUAUUGGCGCUAAAAUAUUUUAUGUGCAUGCACAUAGGAGGGGGAAAUCAUCAUUCGAAAAAAAGUGGAGGAAACGGAUUUUGCAUUUUUAAUGAUGUUGCCAUAGCAGUUCAUUUUUUAUUGUCAAAUGGACUCAUUGAUAAGGCAAUUAUUCUGGAUGUUGAUGUCCAUCAAGGUGAUGGAACAGCUGAAAUAUUUCGAAAUUAUACCAAUGUGAAAACGAUCAGUUUGCACUGUAAAGAGAACUUCCCUCCAGUAAAAGAAAAUUCAACAGUAGAUGUCGAAUUUGAUUCCUUUAUAAAGGAUGAUGCUUAUUUAGAAGCAUAUAAAAAUGUUUUGGACAAUAUACAAAGUGAACAAAACUGUAUUAUUUUUUACCUGUCUGGUGUUGAUAUCAGCGAGGAUGAUAACCUUGGCUUGCUUUCAAUAUCUGACAAUGGAAUAUACAAAAGGGACCAUAUGACAUACGAGAUGACCAUUCAGAAGAAAAUUCCCGUUGUAACGGUUCUUUCAGGUGGGUACAAUGAGUGUGAAAGGACUCUAGCAAGUAAGCAUCUUUUAACUUUUAGGGCUGCAAAAGAAUCUUGGAUUUCCCGCAAAAAAUGA